AUGGCUCUGGCAAAGUCUAUUCCCUGCCGCUAUUUUCUGGUGAAGGAGGACAAGAGCCCAUUUUCUGUCACAGUGACCCCUUGCGAUGCUGCCCUGGAGUGGCGACUCACAAUUCAGGAUUGGCCCACACACAGUGCUCACCGGUCUGGGAGGUCACAGGAGCUUGAGUGGGACUCGGACACUCCCAGAGAUCUUUUUACCUACAAGGGAAACGCAGUGAAGAGUUACGUGAGAAUUUCAUCACAUUCUGCCUUCUACAUGCUGCAGCUCAUGUCAAUCGAGAGCAACACACAGAUCAGAGUCUACAUGACAACCAACCCACAGAGUGAGCCUCCUGACCCAGAGAUACCCUUUGACCCUCGGGUAGAUGUCACUUCGGUAGGGCAGACGACAGUGACGCUGGCGUGGAAUGCCAGCCCAUCAAUUUUACGGUACCAGGAGCACAUUCAAUAUUGCCUCCUGAUCAAUCAGAAGCAGAACUAUAAAAGUUUGUGUGCUGCCAAGACUCAGGUUGAACGUCUUGAUGACCACAGGCCAGACGUGCCAGUGGUAUCCAUCUACUCUGGUGGACGGGUGGUACACCUCACCGGAAUGGAAGAUCUCCUUCUGCCUUCCAGAGUUCUCAGCAGCUCAUUCUCCAAGGAACCGAAGUUGGAUGUCAUGCAGCUCUGUGUGGGUAACAGAAAUGUUUACUCCAUGUCAGAAUUGCAACCCAACACCCGGUACUAUUUCGAUGUGUUCGCUGUGAAUGUUCUCACCAACACCAGCUCUGCAUAUACAGGGACCUUUGCAAAAACAUUACAAUGGCCAGAUCCCAAAAUUCUGGAUCUGAAGGAAGGAAUUAUGAUCCAGGUUUAUGUCAGGAAAGGUGGUCAGAAGUUCUACAGUUUCAGGCCUGACACAUGGCACAGAAGGGCACAAUUCACAUUCUACUCUUGUGGAAAAGUUUAUGUGCAAAUCGAAAGAAAUGGCAAACUUGCUUUAUCAGGAAAAGUAGAAAAUCUGAAGCAUUUUCAGCUGAAGGGGAAGGCCAAGACAAGGUAUGUCAUUGGGAUCAAAUCCACAGAGUCCUCGGAGACGCCCGUGAAAAUCUUGGCAUCCACACGUCCCAACAAAGCUUUAUUCCCACGACUCCCAGCCAGCCUCAAAUUGAAAACCUUUGACAAACUGAGGACCUGUAACUCGGUCACCGUCGCUUGGCUGGGGACACAAGAGCAAAACAAAUAUUGUCUGUACAAGAGAGAGAUCAGAGAACAGGUGGAGAAAGAAAUAAAGAGGCUAAACAGAUGCUUUGGCCCAGAGAGAUGGAAAAUAUCUGAGAAAGUGCGCUGCAAGUACUUCCACAACUUGAACAGUCAGCGUGCGGUGACAGUGGAGAAGGUUUCAGGGCUGAAGGCAGGGACACCAUAUUUAUUCGAUGUUUAUGUGUUUGGAUACAGAGGCCAUUCCGUGAAAUAUCAAAGCAAGGUCAUAAAAACAAGGAAGGCAUGCUGACUUCCUUUAAAGUCAGGAGAAAGUUCAUCCAAAGUCUACUUUGGAAAUCAGGCACUCAUAUCUUUGAAGGAGUGGGUUUGAGAUACUUGGGAAAUCUACUUUCAAGCUACUGGAACCAACACUGGACAAGUGAAAAUGCUUCACGUGGGUCCUGAACACAGACUAAGAUCAGAGGUUUUCAAACUCAUGCUUUUAAACAAGUAUUGCUAAAUGCCCAGGGAACCUCUGUACUUCAUUCUGAAGAUACAUUUUCAGUGACCCAAAGGAAACCGCAGCAGUCAUUG